AUGAAUGUUCCAACGCGCAGCAGCGACUCGCGCGCGUCUUCAUCUCUUGUGUCUGAGAUCGGCGCGACGUCGCGGGCUGCUGGCAGCUCGGAAGUUCCUGGAAGGAAUGUUUUGCAUGCGAAGAAACCGAAUCUGCGAUCGGGCACGAGUCGCUGUGCGAAGCUGAGGAAUGGAGAGGCGGCGAAGGCGUCGCAGUCCAAAGAGGACGGCAGCCCGAACGGCAGCGGGCAAGAGCUCAGGCGGCGAGGCAACGCCGCCUCUCCGGGGCUGUCCGUACAAUCGGCAGCGGCACGACCCUCGGAGACGCUCUCAGGGGGGAGGAAAGGCCAGGGAACGCACGCUGCGAAGCUGCUAACUGAUUUGGGAAACUUGAGUCGGCGCGAGAGACCGAAAGCCGAUUUUUCCGGGAAAGGCAGUGACGCCAAGCUCGCUCUUGCCCAGUCGAAGGGGGCGUUUCUGAAGCCUGUAAGUGACAGGAAACAGGCGAGUUCGCUCGUCUCCUCGGGCCAGUUCUGCUUCCUCGCCUCGGGUCCGGGCAGUGUCUAUACACCGAAACAGAAGAAACCGGGUCAGAGUCAAGCGGCGAAAACGGCUGUGGGCGGGGCGCCUGCGGCCUCACUGGCCCAAAAGAGCGCAGCGGAUGCGUUCUUUCCAGGCUCGUUCAGCCAGCCGGAACUCCGUGGAGACCCGCCACCAGAGGAGUCGGAGAUCGAGAGAGGGGAUGCGCGAGAAAACCUCCUUCCUGGUCAGAAAGGCCCCAGCGUCGACGCUUCCCCUCACGCGCGUCCCUGUCGCACUGGCUCUCUGCGUUCUGCCUGUGGAGGCGCCUCGACACUGUUGGACCCUGCACGGCCCCAGGAGUCUCUUCCUUCUCGGGAUCCUCAGUCGACAGAGAGCGCGUCUUCUCCCUCGUCUCCUCUCUCUUCUCGCACAGCUGCUCGUCUACCUGGCGUCGCGUCUGCCUCUUCGUUCUCUUCCUCCGCCUCUUCGCUCUCUUCCUCGUUCGCUUCCUCCGCCUCUUCGCUCUCUUCCUCGUUCGCUUCCUCCGCCUCUUCGCUCUCUUCCUCGUCUUGCGCCUAUUCGCCGUGUCGGUCAGUUUUCCACUUGCGGCGCAGUAGUACCAGCGUCUUCUCUCCGCCGCGAUCGCCGUUUUCUCCCUUCUCUUUCCGUACCCACGGCAGCGCAGUGUCUCCGGACGGCUCGCCGUCCUCGUCGGCCCCGCUGCUCCCGGAGAUGUUCCUCAACUUUGUCGACUCCGCCUUCCUCAUCUUCCCUCCGUCCAGGGACAAGGCGCGCGCGGCUGCCGAGGAGAUGCUGCGGGCGGCUGAUCGAGAGGCCGAGCGGGAAGAAGGCGAGAAAGUCGCAGCCGCGAGGGGACAGCCCGAGGACGAAAACGGCGAGGGCGAGAAGGCGAGAGAAGAGCCAGCGAGGGGAGAGGCGAAAGGAAACAAGGAGAACGGAGAGACGGAAGACACGGAGAGAGAGGGACACUCUGCCAAGAGACGGAAAGUCCUGGGAAGCACAAACAAGGACGAGAAAGACAAGUCUCAGUCGACUGAUCGUACAAGGUCGGACGCGGCGGAAAACGGAGCGGCCGCAGGGAGAGGAGACACCGACGAAACAAGGGAAGGCGAGACGGAACAGCGCACCGACUCCUCCCCCUUUGCCUCGAAGCAGACUGGAGUUCCGGGCGAACGAGGGUCCACGACUGUGCAGGAUUCGCGACACCAUGUCAAAGACCUGAACAAUUCCCCGUUCUCUUCCGCGUCUCCUCUGCGGCACGACCCUCGAACGCAGUCUGCCUAUGCGUCGCGUGUGUUUCCCGCCUGGCCCGGAGACGAGGCGCCUGCUUCCCCGGUUUCUUCCGUGUCUUCGUCUCCGAUUCACUCGCCGCCGUCCUCGUGGCGCGGCUGGUGCAAACGACGGCGCACAGACGCACGCGCGCUCAAAGAUUGUCUCCGCGAAGAGGGCGAGCGGCUCUCGGAGACCGUCAAGAAGCGAGAUUUGAUGCACCUUUUGCGGUCCACGAGCCUCGAGCUGCCGCAUCCCAACCGCCACGGCGUCUCCCUCAUCUACGGCCCGCGCGUUCCCGGAGACGAUGGCUUCGAUUACAGGGUUGUUUACUGGGGCGAAACGGCGGCUUCUGUGCCUGAGGAGAAAGUCAGGAAUCAGAUGCGCGCGCAAGCAUUUCGGGAGCGCAUUCGGAACCUCGCUCAUCAGUCGCCGGACGGCAUGUUGACUGUUCAGCAGCUUGUCCUCGAUCUCGACAUCAACAUGAGCAGAGGCUGGACCCACUACGGGAAAGUCAUCCUGGCAGGAAAGUGA